AUUAUUAUAUUUUUAUACACUAUGAACAUUUAAACACAUUCAAAAAAUCAUGAACAAAACAAUACUAAUUGUUAGGUUUAUGAUCAAUAUUUUCCUUCCAUUGUUUUUGGUUGCAUCUAUUACAGCAGACAUACAACAGUCAUGCUUAAAGUCCAUUUGCGGGCGACACAAUGGAUAUCUUUCCAUCCGAUUCCCCUUCCGCCUUAUAAACACACAGCCUGAAUCCUGUGGAUACCCUGGCUUCGAUUUAUUCUGUGACGACUCUAACAACACCCUUCUUCACAUACCAAGUUCCGGAAAUUUUAAAGUUCAAACCAUUGACUAUCAAAGUCAACAAAUCAUGCUUAGUGAUCCUGAUAAUUGUCUACCUAGACGACUUCUUUCCGGCGGCCUUAAUGAUCUUUCCCAUUCUCCCUUUCACUACAAAAAAGUUGUUGAUUUCAUCGACGAUUUUACAUUUUAUAACUGCUCAGAAAAGCACGAAAAUUACACCGAGUCUAUGCAUAACGAUAAAAUUAGUUGCCUAAGUACAGUCCCUAAUCACGCCAUUAUUAUGGAGACAAAUCGGCGUCUUUCUUUUGGUUCUUCUUACGAGUCAUGGUGUGAAAUAAUUGGGAACAACGUAAGAAUUCCAAGUGAAGCUACCUCCACGUCGAGUUUCCUAAUAAUGCCGCAGUUGUCACUUACAUGGGACAAACCAAGCUGUGGACUUUGCGAGGAGAAGGUUACACAGUGCGCGUUCAAACGUGACACUAGUACGCUUGAAACUACGUGCAUUGAUUUUAAUCCCCCAAUCGUAUCAAGAAAGCUUUCAAAGAAUGCACGCUAUGCAAUUGGGUUUUCGGUAGGCCUUGGUGUACCAGCAGUUGUAGUCAUUAUCCUGGUACUAUAUAAAAAGGUGACCCGAUCUCGUCGUAGAGCAGCAGCAAAUCAUGACAAUGAUGGAAGAACUUCCGUUGACAUGAAUUUGCAAGGAUAG